AUUAUUAAUUUCAGACGUGAUUCAAUAUUGAUUGUUAUUCAAUUUAAAUUUUUUUUGAGUAAGAUUUUUUUUGAUUCUUCUACAUUCUUUAAAUUCAGACUGUAACCAGUGUAUAUUAUAACAAAAGAUAAAAUAUGACCGAAGAAGGCGAAUUUGAUGCAAUUUUAUUUACUUUAGCUGAUAAACAUCCGGAAGGUGUUCCGCAACUUUUAAAUACUAUUGCCGAUUGGUUGGCCCGUAGAACAGAUUUCUUUUAUGGUGGAGAAGAUGGGCAAUGGCAAAAGCUGUUAAUGAAUGCUUUUAAUAAACAUGCUACAAAAGCAAUGGAAAUACAUAAGCAAAAAAUUAAAGAGCGUGAAGAAGCAGAAAAACGGAAACAAGAAGCCAAUCGUAAAAAGAAAGAGCAAGAAGAAAAAAUAAAUAUGGAUAAUGCAAGUUCAAGUAUUAGCGAAGUAACUGAUGAAGAAGCUGAACGAAUUCAAAAGGAAAUAGAUGAAGAAAAGAGACAAAAAGAAGCAAAAACUAAAGUAGAGGAUGUGUCCAAACCAGUGGAAGGAGAUGCGGAAGAUUUGGAAGAAGCUGAUAAAAGCAAAUUGCAGCCUAAUGAAGGAAAUGGUUGCAAUUUGGAAAAUUACAAGUGGACACAAACAUUGCAGGAAGUUGAGAUAAAAAUACCAUUUAAAGUAAAUUUCAAUUUAAAAUCGCGUGAUGUUAUUGUAGAAAUAGGUAAAAAAACAUUAAAAGUUGGCUUAAAAGGUCAUCCACCAGUUAUUGAUGGUGAAUUAUGUUCUGAUAUUAAAAUUGAAGAAUCUGUUUGGGUAUUACAAGAUACUAAAACAAUAUUAAUAACAUUGGAAAAGAUUAAUCAAAUGACAUGGUGGGAUCGUUUAGUUACAACAGAUCCACCAAUAUUAACGAAACGUAUUAAUCCGGAACCAUCAAAAUUAUCUGAUUUAGAUGGUGAAACACGUAGUCUAGUUGAAAAAAUGAUGUAUGAUCAAAGGCAAAAAGAAAAAGGUUUACCAACUAGUGAUGAACAAAAGAAACAGGAUGUAUUAAAGAAAUUUAUGGAACAACAUCCAGAAAUGGAUUUUUCAAAAUGUAAAUUUAAUUAAAAAAGAUGAAAAUAAUUUGAUAAUUGAUGAACUUUUCCUAAAAUUAUAAUAUUUUUGUUUAAAAUUAUUCAUUUUUUUUUUUUUUGAAAUUUCGUUCAAUGGAAUCUUUAAUUUUUCAUUAUUACUUAUAAAAAUUUUGAUUUACUAUACUCAAUGAUAAUAAAGCUAUAAACUUAAUGAUAAACUUGAUAAAAAAUUAUAUAAUUUUUGAAAAAAUCCUUAAAAUAAAUUUCAAAGCACAUUCUUUCUUAUAUAUGGAUGUAAAAAAUGUGUACCUAAUUUUUUUCUUGAAUUUAA